CAUUCACCCUAUUUAAACAACCUGCAGCAGAAGCGCAGACAGGAUCACUUCAGCUCAUCUGCGCAUGAGAACGAAACCCUGGAUUAACAUUGCGCACUCAACAAGCAUUAAAGGCAAAAUGACAGAGAUACAGUCGUCAUCACCAAAUGAGAAGUUGGGUUUAAGUGCCAGCGAACUGACUGAAUUCUUCGCCAUGUGGGAAGAAUUAAACUUCACGGACUCCAAUAACAACAGCUCACGGGUUGAAGCGCAAAUGUGCCCGGCUUCUUUUAACCGUUCUGCUCUCCUCAAUGCCAUGUGCACCCUCUAUGCCUUCAUUUUUGUCGUUGGCCUGGCUGCCAAUGCGCUAGUAGUGUGGGUCAACAUGCGCUCUCAGCGUCAUUACCACGAGACGCACAUGUAUAUAUUAAACCUAGCGGUGGCUGACCUGUGUGUAGUGGCUACUCUUCCUGUGUGGGUGAGCUCGCUGGCACAGGGAGGACACUGGGCAUUCGGUCAGGCGGCUUGUAAACUCACACAUCUUCUGUUCAGCGUCAAUCUUUUCGCCAGCAUCUUCUUCCUGACCUGCAUGAGUGUGGACCGGUAUCUCUCGGUGGUGCGAUUUAGGGAGAUUUCUCACAGACGAGGAAGACAAGUUCGGCGUUUAGUGUGUGCGAUAACAUGGCUGCUUGCUUUAUUCGCCUCAGUACCCGACACAUACUUCCUGCGGUCUGUAAAGUCACAAUACAGUCACGUGACCUUGUGUCUUCCUGUAUACCCAGAGGACAACCCUUUGCAGUGGAUGGUGGGCAUACAAUUGAGUUUUGUAGUUCUUGGUUUUGCCAUACCUUUCCCUAUUAUAGCUGUGUCAUAUGCAUUGUUGGCAAACACUUUAGCUUCCACUUCCACUCAUUCACCUUCAAAUGGAGACCAGGAUCGAAGCGUGAGCAAGAAGGUCAUCUUAAUGUACAUAGUGGUUUUCAUAGCUUGCUGGGCACCAUAUCAUGCGGUGCUGUUAGCCGAUGCUCUAGCCAUGUUAGGUGUGCUUCCACUGGGCUGCAGUUCAGAGAAUGGUCUGUUUGUGGCACUUCACCUUACUCAAUGCCUGUCGCUGCUACACUGCUGUGUAAAUCCUGUGGUCUACAGCUUCGCCCAUCGCCACUAUCGCUAUGAUCUCAUGAAAGCCUUCAUCUUCAAAUACUCCACCCGUACGGGGCUUGCUCGACUCAUUGAUGGGUCUCAGGGUAUUGAGACGGAGUACGCAAUGGUGGAGAACAACCCUCCGACUGUGACUUAGAAGCCUUCAGAUUGUCACCCUCAACCAAAGUUCUGCACUGCUUCAAAACACAUAGUACCCUAACAUGCUUUCCUGAAAACUGGAUUCGAACAUGUUUUCUGUCAAUAUAGUGAUACAUGCUUAACUGUGACUCUAAAGACACCGAAUACGUCUUUUAAAACAAGCCAAAGACUUUAUUGUUAAAUCAGAACCACUCUGACUUGUUUCUCUGAAAUAAGGAAAACCAAAAAAUUGUUUGACUAAAUCAGCAAAUACUUAACAGUGACUGCGUAGAUGUGGAAUAAUUCAUUUAAAACAACAAUUAUUUAUUAAUUAACAUUGUUCCUUUGUGUCAGAGAUUGAUGGGAUUUGGAUAUUGAGAUAUCUGACUUGUUUUACCGCUGGCUCUGAUACCACAUCAGUUGGAUUUGAACAGUGUUUUUUUUUUUUUUUUAUCAAAAUAGUGUAUUUCAUCUGAAAUAUGACAAAGAAUGAUGGGAUUUAUUUGUAACUACACGGACAUGUUUUCAGACAUGACACAACAUUUUUUUACAACAUUGUAAGUUGCUUCAUUACUUAUUACUCAUUAAGUAAUUAUUACUUAUUACUUUGAAAAGUGCCAAAGGCUGAUGGGAUUUUAUUAUACAACUCAAACCAUAAAUAUUCAAACAAAUAAUUGAUUCCAAAUGAACAUAGUAUGUUACAGCAUACGUCUUUGUAAUUCAGGAGAGGAAAUCUCCUUAAAUUGUUUCCAGUGAUGACUUCGCAGGACUGUCUGAUGGUUUUCAAUCAUCAUAAUAUGAUUUAACAGUAUUUAAGUAUGUAUAAGGUCUACAAUCUAUGAAGAACCAGCACUCCUGUAUGUAUUGUAACAGCAUAGUAAUGUAGCUCUAGUUCAAUUGCUGCUAACUCUGUCUUUUUAAAGCACUUUCUUUGAUAAAAGAGGGGCUUUUGUGGCUGGCUGGAAUUGGCAUUGCUUUUGUAUUUUGAACCGUUUUCACAUGUUCACUGAAACAGCUCAUUUUAAUGUUUGAACAAAUAGAAAUGAAUUUUGUCUGUAUUUUAAUGUGCAACUGUAUUUGCACUUAAUUGUAGGAUUUGUUCAUGUGUAUUUUAUGUUUUAUGAUAAGUUGUUAUGGUAAUCUUGUAACAAAACUUAGUGCGUCAUUGAAAGGGCAUUUCCUUUUUUGUGUCUGUUUUAGUUAUUUAAAAAAGGUAAAGUGUGUUGUAUUUAUUAUACCUUUUGAGUUCUGAUGGAACACCGAAUACAUUGUGCUUCAGAAAUGUGCUUAAAAUAAAUACAUUUAAAAGUA